AUGGGUGACCUUCAGAGGAGCAAAGCCGAUUUAGGCGAUUGUCGUUUUUAUGAGAAGAAAUUUCCAGAAGUAGAUGACUUGAUCAUGGUCAAGGUUAAUAGGAUUGAAGAUAUGGGGGCAUAUGUUUCCAUACUGGAAUAUAAUGACAUGGAAGGAAUGAUUUUAAUGUCUGAACUGUCUAAAAGAAGAUUUCGAAGUGUAAACAAAUUAAUUCGAGUUGGAAGGCAUGAAGUAGUCUUGGUUUUAAGAGUAGAUAGCCAAAAAGGAUACAUUGAUUUGUCAAAAAGAAGAGUAUCACCAAAAGAUAUAAUGAAGUGUGAAGAACAUUUUUCAAAAUCAAAGAAAGUACAUCAAACAGUUAGACAUGUUGCACAGAAACAUAAUAUGACUGUUGAGGAACUAAAUAGAAUAGCUAUUUGGCCAUUGUAUAAAAGAUAUGGACAUGCAUUAGAUGCAUUAAAAGAAGCAACUGUUAAUCCAGAAGCUGUUUUUAAAGGAAUAGAUCUAAAAGAAGAAGUAAAAAAUUCCCUUCUUGCUGAUACUCAACUUAGACUAUCCGCACAAGCUCUAAAAUUAAGAGGAAGAAUUGAUGUAUGGUGUUUUAGUUAUGAAGGAAUUGAUGCUGUUAAAGAAGCUUUGAAAAAAGGGAAAGAAGUUUCAAAUGAUGAAGUAUCAAUUAAUAUUAAAUUAAUUGCCCCUCCACAAUAUGUUAUUGUUACUUCCUGUCAAGAUAAAGAUCUUGGUAUGUCCAAAAUUCAAGAAGCUAUGAAACUUAUUAGUGAUAAAAUUAAAGAAUAUAAAGGAGGAGAUUUUAAACAACAAGGAGAAAUUUUGGUUAUGGGUGGUGAUGAUGAGAAACGUUUAGAAGAAUUGCUAGAUAAACAGGAUGAUCUUUCUAGUGAUAAUGAAUACAAUAGUAGUGAUGAUGACGAUGAGAACUCCAGUGAUGAUGAAGAUAAUUCAAGUGAAAUAGAAGAGGAAGAAGAUUAA